AUGCCAGUAUCAGACACUGGUACUGCGAAUCUCUGCUUCGAAACAUCCCUAUUUUACAUUGAUGGCCUCGUCUGUGAAUCACCCGAGCUCACAGGCAUCGUCAUUGCACACUUACUUGCCGAACCGAAAGAAAAGUUACUUGCAAGGUCAGGGCGCGUGGUCUUCGUAUCGGACACCGCGCUGGAGAUGGGUAUCCGCGACACGGACGGCAAGUGGCCCACUAGCUUGCGCUCCUUACGAUUUCUUCUUGAAGCUAACGGCCGAACAAGCCUCGCCCGUACUGUGCCUGAAUUCAUGCGUCUACCCUAUUCAGCUUUCAACCAGCUGGGCUCCAAGUUCUAG